CCGUUGAGUUUAAAUUGGGUGGCGGUUAGCGGAGGAGCAGCUGGAGCUGCUAGGUUUCUGUGUUUCGGGGCCUGUACGGACAGAUCCGCAGACUUCUGGCUACUCAGACUCCAACGACUGAACUCCCGCUGCUCCGUGGUCGCUCACGUCCUCUUUCCCUGUCUCAGCCGCUGAGCCGGCUGCACGGUCCUUCGCUCGACGCAGCGCUCACCCCGGCGCCAUGACUUCCAAGAAGGGCAGCAGCCGGGGCACCAGGGCUAAUGCGCUGCGGAGCCGCAAGCUCGCCUCCUUCCUGAAGGACUUCGACCGCGAGGUGCAAAUUCGAAUCAAUCAAAUCGAGUCCGACAGACAGAACCUCCUCAAGGAGGUGGAAAACUUAUACAACAUCGAGGUCCUUCGGCUCCCCAAGGCGCUGCGCGAGAUGAAUUGGCUCGACUACUUUGCCCUUGGAGGGAACAAACGGGCCCUGGAAGAGGCAGCAACGGCUGAUGUAGACAUCACAGAAAUAAACAAGUUAACAGCUGAAGCUAUUCAGACACCCUUGAAAUCUGUCAAAAAGCGGAAGGUGGUCCAGGUGGAUGAAGUGAUAAUGGAGGAGGAAGAAGAAGAAAAGAAUCCUAAGAAUCUCCGAUCCACAAGAGUCAAAAGAUGCCCUCCAUCCAAGAAGAGAACCCAGUCCACACAAGGAAGAGGCAGGAGCAAAAGGUUAAGCCAUGAUUUUGUGACACCAGCUGUGAGCAGACUGGAGCCAUCUCUGGUGAAACCAACCCCAGGCAUGACACCUAGGUUUGAUUCCAGGGUUUUCAAGACCCCAGGCCUGCGCACUCCAGCAGCCAGAGAGCAGAUUUACAACAUCUCGAUCAAUGGCAGCCCCCUCGCUGACAGCAAAGAGAUUUCCCUCACUGUGCCUGUGGGUGGUGGUGCGAGCUUGCGGUUAUUGGCCAGUGACUUGCAGAGGGUUGAUAUUGCUCAGCUGAAUCCAGAGGCCCUAGGAAACAUUAAGAAGCUCUCGAGCCGCCUUGCCCAGAUCUGCAGCAGCAUACGGACCGGCAAAUGAGAGGAUGGCAGAGCAGCACAGGUGGCAGCAGGGGCUGUGGUGGCAGAAAUGCACAUCUGUCCUCUUCCCCUCAUCCUGUGGGUGCUGGAUGUGCGGUGGAAUGCUGCUUUCUGUCUAGCUCUGUUUAUCAAAGACCACAUGUUGGUUUGACAGUUCCGGUGUCUUGCUGCCCACCUCUAGUUAUUUGGAUAGGGAACACAGGCCUAGUCGAGGGCGUUGUGUGCCUGGUGCAGACUGACUGUGAGCUGCCUGUGGUUCAUGGUCCCACCAGGUCUGUAGACUGCUUGGAGCAUUGUCCUGGAGGGCUCAGCAGAAGGGCACAGGGAUGCUGUGCAGAAAGCAGCGGGGUCCUGUGCUCCCUGCGGGUGUGGGUGCACAGCUGUCCUUGUUACAGCCUUUUAAUUUUGGUCCUCUAUCGGUGGAAGUGUGUGAGGGGCUUUUCUACUGUGAGACUUUCAUUCCUGUUGUCUUCUGAGCAGCGUUUCAGCUGAUUCGUCCUUCUGAAAGAUUGCUGUUUCCAAUAAACUUUGGCUUGCUUUGGUUUUUA